AUGUCGAUUCAUCUCACUGGUGGGAUUGAAGCACUUUUGGCCUCUUUUGCCAUCGCUUUUGCACUCAAAAGUUACUUUUCAAGACAGAAACUGCCUCACGGCGUUCAAUUUCCACUGGGUCCCCCUUUACUCCCAAUCCUAGGCAGUGCACUGGCAGUCGAUGUCACCGCCCCUUGGCUCACCUACAAGGCAUGGGGCGAUGUGGUAUAUACCCGCCUUUUCGGUCAAGAUAACAUCAUCAUCAACUCUGAGCAAAUCGCAAGAGACCUUCUUGAACACCGCUCAAAUAACUACUCUGACAGACCAGACAUUGCGACCAAUGAACUAUUUGGUAUCGACUAUACUACCGCUUUUAUGCAUUACGGUACCAGAUGGCGGCUUCACCGCAAAAUUCUUCACCAGUCUUUCAGACAAGAUGUAGUCCCUAAAUUUCGACCCAUGCAAGUAACGAAAACUCACGACCUUUUAUUGAACAUCCUGGAGGAUCCUUUGGACUACACAAAACAUUUUGAAGUCCAUUCAGGUUCAGUUAUCAUGUCUGCCGUGUAUUCGUAUGAUGCAGCACGCCAUAAUGACCACAUGAUUGAGCGUGCAACCAUGGGUCUGGAUAUCAUACUGAAAGAGAUGAGACCUGAGGUAGCUGCCAUAUUCAGUGCUUUCCCUUCACUUCUCCGCCUCCCCUCAUGGCUCCCUGGUAUGCGCCUCAAGAGAGUUUCGCCUUUAGCAAAGGAGUUGUCCUUGGAAAAUUUGGAAAAUCCAUUUGCGCAUACGGAGAGUGGCCUGGCUACAGGAUCCAUUUCUCCUUGCAUGGUCGCUGAUCAUUUGCUGGAUCUCGAUGACAGCGACGGCGAUUCCGCCUGGAAGAAGAAAGCGAUAAAGGAAUCUGCGGCAACCGCUUUUGGUGCUGGCACUGAGACGACAGCCGCUGUGUUGAUGAACUUCAUCCUGGUGAUGAUUCUCCACCCAGAUAUACAACAGAAAGCGCACGAACUUGUUGAUAGUGUGGUUGGCGCAAAGAGACUGCCGACUUUCCAGGAUCGUCCAUCCUUGCCCUAUAUUGACGCCAUUUUACGCGAGUGCCUGCGGUGGCGCCCAGUUUUCCCUCUUGCAAUCAUGCAUGCUGCUGUCGAAAGUGAUGUUUACAAAGGUUAUUACAUACCCAAAGGUGCUACAAUCACCCCAAAUGUUUGGGCAAUGUGCCACAACGAGGAUAAAUAUGCAAAUGCGUCCGAAUUCAAUCCCGAGCGUUUCCUGAACCAGGACGGUACUCUGACAGACGAUACUGUGAGUUUCGUGUGGGGAUUUGGGCGGCGGAUAUGCCCUGGCCGCCAUCUCGCCGAAGCUUCUAUAUGGGCCAAAGAUGAGAGUGGUAAAGAGAUCGAGAUCAAGCCGCAGUGGCAUGGAGGGAUUACUGUGCGACCUAAGGAAUUCCCUUGCAGUAUCACACCGCGGAAUGCGGACAUGGAUAUCACGGCCUUGCGGCAUUUGAUCAGGGUAUCUGUUUAG